AAAAAAAACGAAAUUUCUCGCAGAGACUGAUAUGUGGCUGUUGAAGAAGCAAUAUUCUUUACUUCACUCCGAAUCUUCACUUCCCCGAGUCUCCAGCAAUGGGUGAAACGGAUUCUUUCUUCUCGAACAAAUCUGCGAAGAUUUUUGUAGCAGGCCACCGAGGCCUGGUUGUUUCAGCCAUAGUCCGCAAACUCCAAUCUCUGGACUUCACCAACAUUGUUGUACGCACCCACGCCGAUCUGGACCUCACCCGCCAAGCCUACGUCGAAUCCUUCUUCGCCGCUGAGAAGCCUCAGUACGUGGUACUAGCAGCCGCGAAAGUCGGAGGAAUCCACGCCAACAACACCUACCCGGCCGAUUUUAUCUCCAUCAACCUCCAAAUCCAGACCAAUGUCAUCGAUUCCUCUUACCGCCACGGCGUCAAGAAAAUCCUCUUCCUCGGAUCCUCCUGCAUUUAUCCCAAAUUUGCGCCGCAACCCAUCCCUGAAAACGCGCUCUUAUCCGGUCCGCUCGAGCCCACCAACGAAUGGUAUGCGGUUGCCAAGAUCGCGGGGAUCAAAAUGUGCCAAGCUUACAGAAUCCAGCACGUGUUCGACGCUAUUUCCGCUAUGCCGACCAAUUUGUACGGCCCCAAUGAUAAUUUUCACUCGGAUAAUUCCCACGUUUUACCCGCUUUGAUGAGGAGAUUCCAUAAGGCCAAAAUGGAAGGAGCGAAAGAAGUUGUUGUUUGGGGGACAGGGAGUCCGUUGAGGGAAUUCUUACACGUGGACGAUCUAGCUGACGCUGUGAUUUACUUGAUGGGGAAUUACAGUGGAUUAGACCAUGUGAAUGUAGGUAGUGGGAAAGAGGUUACCAUUAAGGAAUUAGCUGAGUUGGUGAAGGAAGUUGUUGGCUUUGAAGGGGAGCUUAUUUGGGAUACUUCGAAGCCUGAUGGGACUCCUAGGAAACUCAUGGAUAGCUCAAAGCUUGCUUUAUUGGGGUGGAAUGCCAAGAUCUCAUUGAAAGACGGGCUUGUCGACACUUACAAAUGGUACUUGGAGAACGUCAAGCAAUGAUGCAGGUGAUAUUGGUGGUUUGUUCCUUGAUGAAUUUUUUGAUCGGGGUAUUUGUUGUUUUGUGAUUUUGUCAAUUACUCUAUUAUUGUUGCUGCUAUUGCUAUGUUUGUAUGUGCCAUUGAAUAAUUUGAGGUUAGUUAUGUACCAAUUAUCUGGCAUCCUAGUUGAGCAUGAGGAAUUCCUUUACAAUAAAUUGGACUGAACUUUCUAUCGGGGAAUUGACUUUAAUUUU